GUUGAAGAUGCCAUCAGAAUUGAAUAUGCCAUGUCCUGAUGAGCAACUAGUACCGCUGCCUGCAAAGAAAGGCGGGAGGAAAAACACCACCUAAAGGCUUGAGAUAAAAAUCAAAACGAACUUACUUCUGAAACGGAGAAGCGAUCAUGACCCUCCAGUUUCCAUUUCCAACCGGAGAGCUGCGUAAUCCGCUCUUUCCCGGCAUCGGCCCCUUUUCGCAGCCGGUGGCAACUACGAGCAAAACGUCCUCGGCUUUGACUGGCUCGGCGUUAGGCUUAGGAGGGGCUGGGGUGUUCUCCGGGACGGCAGUGUGGGGAGGUCAUCUGGAAGCGGGCGAAACAGAGGUAAGCACGCACAAGGACAACAAGCAGUCGAUUUUGAUUUGAUGUUCUAUCCCGCCUUCUAUCAUGUCUUUUCAAAUUGUUUCUGGUAGUACCAAGACAACUUUCAUCUCUUUCGAAGAUCGCGAAGAUGCUCGUCUUCCUGAGUGUGGUCCUUUAUGUGAAUUUUGUACAACAGGAGCCGACCACCUUUCCACCCGCGACGCCACCGGAAGCUGUUCAUGAACUCGAGCAACCCGACCCAUCCUUCAACAACACGACCGCAAGAGCUCCUGCAGGUGGUUCUUUUUUACAGCAGACCCACCACCGCACGUCACUCGUCCCACCGUCCCUGCAUCUGAAUUUCAAGCCCUUCAUCGCGCCGCGGCUGCAGCCCAAAGCCGAACUCCUGCUGCGGCCACAGAGCGCCAGUGGAGUCGUUGCCUCUACUGCGUCGAGCACCGCUGGUGGCCUGCUGGUGGGAACCUCAGCAGCCUCCUCUUCGUCCUCGCGAAGGCGCUUGAGAAGCACGGCUUCAUCUCGAGCAGCAGCAGGGUCUUCAUCUCUCAAAACAAACACUGCUGGUGGAGCACCAGGUGGAGAUGAUGGUUGCUACAGUUCUUCGCACGUAGAUGUUCAGCAGUUGGACCAACAUUCUGAGAAGUACUAUGUUCGGGACGACCCUUUAUUUCACCUGCAAAACCACCCGCACGGCGACUUCGACCUCGAGCUCGUACCCUACCACGCCAGCAGGAGUAGUACUACCCACGCAGCACUCCUGAGAGGUCCCCGUGGAGGCGUGCACCAAAACAAGCACGCGCCUGCUGGUACGCGGGCAGCUGAUGCACAGGGCGUGGAGGGUGGUGCUUCUUCAAGAAGCAGACCUGAAGAUCAUGCUACAACAGCCAGUACUAUCCAGUCCCUCCACCUGGAGAACCUCGAGCAGUUGAUCGGCGCUAUCGAAAACGAAAUCCAGGCAAACGAAAAAUUUAGCGCGCCACAGCAAAACGAAGCACUGUCCCUGGAAUUGCUAUCCAAGCUCGAACAGCAGAACUACAAGACAGAGGAGCGCGGCACGCUGAUUCAGCAGCUUUUGGAAAAACUGAAACUGCAGCUGCAAAAUUACAGCUCCUCAACGUCGUCGUCCAAAGGAACUAUUGGCGCAGUGCCCACCUCCGUGCAAGGGCAAGGAGAUGUUGAUGAGCCAGGAAUUAUCCCAGCGGUUUUGUCAACAUCCGGCCGUCUUGAUCCUCCGCACGGGGAGGUUGUGGGGCCCCGCAGCUUCGUCUCUCUGUCGAACCAAGCCAUGCGGCGGCCUUCAGCUGCGGCUGUGCAGGAUGUUGAGCCACAGCACGUUUCGAAGAUGGCUCAUGUUGUCCCUGGUGGCGCACGACUAGUGCAGCACCAGCAGCAACACGAGGUGAAACAAGAGCGAAGGCAUUCCGCAGAAGUGUGCAAAGCUGCCCCGGCUCACCCGACGAAGAAGAUGCACUUGCAGGAAGUGACUGCAGCGCACCAGGUACACCGCCACCCGGCGGAUCAUGCUGUACCAGGUCAUGCAGCUCCACCAGCAGAUCAAGAAUACCAAGAGGAGGACUGUGUGCGUGGCAGUCAAGAGUUUGCGGAUAUGAUCGAGCAAUUAAGGGGCGAGAAUAAAGAACUUCUGCGAGAAGCUGCAGCUUGUGAAGCGGACCGCGAGGGGCAGCGGCAGUUUUUCUUGAACAAAUACCACCGCGACGAUGUUGCAUUCGCCGAGUCCAAGAAUGAGUACGUCUACUCGAGCGCUUCUAGGGACCACGACCAAAGCGGUAGUUCGACGAAACUCGAACCACGCCCCUGGAUGCUGCAAGCGGUCAGAGCAAGUUCGUGUGAAACUACGAGGUCAGAGAACCAAAGAGAGUUCUUGCAGAAACAAGCUGACGCAGCGCGAAGAGGACAUGCCGGGUACACCACUUCCUCCACUGCAGUUCCGCCAUUUGCAGCUCGUGAAAACGACAAGCAAAACGUCGCUGUCCAGCAGCUGCACCAGCACCGCCCAAUUGUUGAGCAAGCUCCACGACUGGCACCAGAGACAAAAGACGAAAGCGACGCCCUGCGGGGGCACGUGCAGGAAAUGGAGAAAGAACAGAAAAACGAAACUUUUGCCCGCAUAUCCUCCGACGAAGGCGCGGAAAUUUUGGAAAAGGCGAAGCAGCUGCUCGCAGACCACGAUUUUCUGCUAGACUCCAAGCGGUUUCAAGUGCCGGAUGAGCACGACGACGUAUCGGCGCAUCCAUGCAUCGACGCCUCAAGAACAGCUCCCACUGCUCACGCUGAACAAGGAGCUGCAGGACCGCAACCUGAAGAUUCGGCAAAUGUUGCUCUCGUUUUGCAGGACGAGGAACCAGCGUCCGGCACUGUUCUACCGCAUCAACUCAAGAGCAGCAGUGGGAUGAACAUCAAGGACGGUGCUGAUGAACACGAAGACUACUUUGGCACGCUUGCAACCGCCGCGUGUAGUUCUUCGGGCGUCUGGUCGAAGCAGCCCUGUAAUUAUUCCACGUCGACUUCGAAGCAGGCCUCGUCGAAGCUUAUCCGAUGUAGUAAACUCGCGAUCUAGAUUGCUUAUUUGUGAUGCGUGCAAUGCACUGAUACUCUUCGUGUGCAUAGUUCUUGAGAGAAAGAACCACACUAGUACAACGUAGAAAACAUCUGUUCUUGUAAAGGGAUGAUUUGGAUUUUCGAUUUUGCACGCGGAUAAUGCAACCCUCGUCGUCCUCGCACCCGGACGAGAAAAUGACCGAGGAAUUACACGAGGGACAAGCGGAUUUUGACGAAGAUUGUAACUACUUUGUGGGUAAAAACGAGCAAGCGGAUGGUGUGCAAUUCGCUGAUGUUGAGGAGCCGUCGUGGAGAAAGAACCAAGAUCAUGCUAGACAAGAUGACGGGGCACAUGAUCCUCGUCGUCCGGAGAUGACGCCAAAUAUCACUGCAGGUUCUUCAUCGUCGCAGUGGCGCACGGAAGUAGUCGAAGAGCAGCACCAUGAAACUGCCGCUACUUUUCAGCACAUGCAAGAGGCCCUUGAGGUGGGUAACAUUCCCGAGGUUAACAUGCCAUCGAGAACAAGAGACGCGCAAGAGGAGGAGCGGCAGAGGUUGCGUCGUGAAAAUGAACCCGGCGAUAAGCACGAGGAUUUGUUUAUCGCUUCGCAAAAUCACGAUAAAUCAGCGCUGGUGCUAGGAUCAUCUACUGGCACGUUUUCCACGUCGAGCAGGAAGCCCUCGCCGACCGCCUCUCUCGAUAUCAACUGUAAAAAUGUCUGGGUCUGGAAGAUUCUGACACUUGUCAUGCACGUUUUGCAUGAGCCAUGAUGUCUGUGAUGCAUACCCUAGCAAUACAGAUUUUUUGAGGGCUUCUCGAUGCCUAAUCCGCAUGACAAAUGCUUUCUCAGCGUAGCAAAAGUUGCAUUCUGGUUGCUUCUCAUGCAAUACAGAUUUUUUUACAAUCCAAAAUCAGCAUGACAAGUUGGAUUCUUCCAGACCCAGACAUUUUUACAGUUGAUACUCGAAGAGGAAAAGCAACGCCUUCUCGACCAGCUCUCCCGAUCUGUUAUCAAAUGUAAAAAUGUCUGGGUCUGGAAGAAUGCAUGUUUGUCAUGCUUGUCUGGCAUGACUCUUAAAUCUGUCAUGCACAACAUCCAAGAGCCCCAUUUCUCUGUCAUGCAGAAACGCAGUUUGUCAUGCAGAAUAGGCAGCACCUAGAGGCUCAGAAACUUGUCAUGCUGAGCCAGCAUUUGCGGCCUCAUCAUGAGACGCUACCCAGCAUCACAAGUUUCCAGACCCAGACAUUUUUGCAUUUGAUAUCUGUGCAGAACAGUCCAUUUCCCAGCGCCCGCGGUUUUCCACCUGCCACGAACAAAAGCAUAGGAGCAUCGUCGUCAUCCGGUCACACUGGAGAACAACUACCAGCGGGAGAAGAACAUCAACCCCACCUGCCACAAAAGCGCACGCUGACGAGCACGCUGCCUUCCAUUCAGGAAAAAACCGAGAAAUUGCUCCAGCGCGCGCGGUCCGAAACGUUGAACACGACUCCGGGCUCGAUCGUGGAGAAAAACAUUCAGUCGCGGAUCGACGCGCUGCAAAAGAUCAGCUCGGAUGCGUACUUGCACCAGGAACGGCAGCUGUUCGACCGCAACACCACCGAGAAGGCGAUUGGCAGUCUGAAGGGGCAGAUCGAGCAGCUGGAAUCGGAGCUGCAGCGACUGCGCACCCCCUUUUUCGCAAACAUUCCGAAAGCGUUCGAAAUGGCUCUCCUGUUGGUGAAUCAGCACGGGUGUCAGGAACUUUCGUGGGCCGACGGCUUCUCGCCGCUGCACUGGGCCUGCCAGGCAAACCGCAGGGACAUCAUCGAGUAUCUCAUCGAGAAACCCGGCGGGGCCGAUCUCCUACGCUGCGGAAAAAAUAAUCUUGUUCACCAAGCAUCGCGCCAGAUGAUAGAUGCACAAGAAGAGGUCUAAGUAUGUACAUGUUUUCUACCCAAUAGGUUUGGUUUUUGCAUUAUGUUGGAUACGUGUAUAACACGUCGAAAAUGAUUCGCCAUGUUGGUGAUUUUCCAUAUGAUGUCCACUGACUUUUCGCGACAAGAAGGGCCUGAUUCCGUACGACUACGCGAAGCGGGAAACACACCAGGAGCUCUGUCACUGGCUGGAGCAGCUUGGGGCAACCAGUGCGCAGGUAAAAUAGUUACUGAAGCUGGAUGCGUUCUUGACGCAAACUCUCAUGGCGUUGUUUUCCUUUUCGUAUCUGUUGCAUCACUUUUGCUAUUCCAUCUGAUUGCGCAUUUAUUAAUGUUUUUCCCGCAACAUCGGUCUAGUACUAGGCUUCGAGGAACGUCGAUUGAUAUCACAAAUCUUUUACCAAUUUAUAUUCAGGCUCUGUCCGACAGCGUGCUUGAGGCGGAAAACGUUCCGCCAGCCUACAUCCAUAUCCUUCGCAACAGUAUCGCAUUCGUAUCCGUAUUACAACAUCCAAAAUAAUUUCUUGUGCAUGACGGGUUCCACUUCUCUUUCGCAUCACUGUGACGCUGCACUUCGACGCAACUGGGACAAUACUACUUGAGGUGAAGACGAUGUAUGCAAGUUAAGAUGCUCGUGCGAUCAUUAGCGUACAACUUUUGCGAAGAUGCAUAGUCCAAGUGAUCCGGCAAAUCGAGCAGGAGGGGUACCACAAUAUGAAAUGGCAACUGAACUACUCGCUCCUGCACUGGGCGUCGAAGAAGGGGAUCAAGAAACUCGUCGAAUACUUGGUGCAGCUGAACGCUAUCCUUCAGAUUCUCUAAAUCAAUCACACUCCUAGUAUACUCAUCAUAUUUUUUUCUUGUACUAGGAUUGCGGACAGCACCGAAAGAAGGAACAGUUUCGAACCGAGCGGCGCUCUGUUGCACGAUAAUAUGUCGUGGCUGUUGUAAACUGCAUGCAAAUUUUUAUGGGUGAUCUUUAUGUCCCUCUUGUUCCGCAUUUUUGGUCCAAGAACAAAACCCAUGACAAUUACCAUGAAGUAGUAGAAGGGGAGAUUGAUGAUUUUAUUACAUUGGACAAACACCGAUGUGAAUGCAGUGGAUUCGAUUUCCAGCAAAAGCCCCUUGGACUACGCCAGCGAUUUUGGUACAAUAUGAAUAUGCAUUAAGUAUGCUACGACAGUGAUUUGAUUAACGCAUGAUCACAUUCCGACCGCUUUGAUGUCAGUUGUCGUUUUAGAUGAAAACAUUUCCGCAAUGUUAAGCAAUAUCCAUUUCCAAGGAGUUCGAGUUUUUCUUCCCGGAAUAACUAUCAGGUCACUUCGAGAUCUGUGAUUUCCUUGCUAGCGCUGGCGCGUUGCCGCGGAUCCAGCGAGAGAAACGCGCGAAGCUGGAAGGAAAUCAAGCGCGAAAUAGGUCGAACGGUGGCGCGACGAGGAAUCUUAGCACCGCGAGCAGCGCGAAUAAAACACGAAAUGUGGAAGAUGUGCGAAUAAACACUACUAGCACGGGUGAGGCCGCCUUGAACUGCAAGGAAACCUGGUCAUCUCCGUCGGCUCCUGAUCUUGAGCAUGGUCACCCAUCCAAAAACCGGCCCUCCGACGCAGCUCUACCAGCACCGACCGCCGAGCAGCGUGCCAUCGCCGAAGCUACCGCCGCAAAAAUCGUGGCCGCGACAGGAGGAACCAGACAACAAAAGCACGAACUCCUGUUUCAGCACGACCAUAGCGACAGUAACGAGUACCUCCAAGUGGGGCAGCUUCACUACACCGCUUGUAUCAUGAGGAACAGUUAUGUAAUUAUCUGUUCCCAGGAGCCUUAACCUUAUUUUUUUAGCAGGUUGGCUGGCGAUGUCUCUGCUGUAGUACUAGCAGACAGAAAACGGCACUGCUCCGCACAGCUUGCCUGUAGUCGAAAGAGUGAGCUGCUUUACCAUGCUUGUCUUUCGUUUUUUCUUUCAGACCAAGUUUAUUUGUGCAGAAAACUACUGCAGCAAGCCACACUUCUAAAUGGAAAAAGCCACUACAUAAAGCUACAGCAACACCAAUGUCGCUUUCUUUUGCCUAUGUCAACUCCGGCAUGAGGGAUAUAUCAGAAGAUGAAAACUAAAUUUUCCUCACGAUAGUCGGGGUGUCUGUGUUGCAAGACGUGCCGAUUCCCUACCUGGAGGCCAUUUCCCAGGUGGCGCGCCGCGGCUGGCACAAGAUGAAGUGGGCCAACAACUUCACCCUGCUCCACUGGGCGGCCCGCGCGGGCCGACUCGAACUGUGCGCGUACUUUCUGCAACAGGGCGCCGACCCGGAGUCUCCAGAUGACUUCAAGCGGUCCGCGGUCGAGUACGCGAGACGGAAAGAGUAUCAAAUGCAAAUAUGUCUGGAUCUGGAAGAGCAGGAGUGCAAGUUUGUCACGCUCUGCUCGCACGAAUCUCAAGUCCGUCACGCACGUUACCCAAACGCCCUAGCGCUAGUCUUCUGUCAUGCAGAUGAAGCGCAGUCUGCCAUCCAGACUGAGCGGCACCUAGUAACUUGAAAACGAAAUAAAGACUUUUUAUGCUUGGCGUUGAAUAAUUGAGGCGUCGCGAUGAUUUUCCAACCCGCAUCACAGGUUAGGUAGUUUCCAGACCCAGACAUAUUUGCAGUUGAUACACAGCAUUGGUCGGUUGUGGACUUGCUGGAGGGGAAUUAUGGUCAUCUUCAUGGGGCGGCUCCGCAAGAACGAUAAGUAGCAAAACGCAUCAUACACAUAUCACAAUGAAAAACUUCUGAUUUCUCUGUUGCAGAGAAGUACUCGGCACCGUUGACGAAAAACGAUCUGUGGCUUGAGUAGAGUAGAUGUGUCGGGCCGCUAUAUUCGGCAGCGACAUACACGACCACCGCACGGCAAGCAGGAGCCCUCGCGUUUUCGAGGAAUAU